CUCUCUCUCUCUCUCUCUAUCUAUCUUCUCUUUCUGCUCUACCUUGAGCCUACAGGAUUGGAAUUAGACCGUUGGCCAACUCGAUCUGUUCAAUAUCCUACACAAAAAGAAAGUUUACCCCCAACAAGAUUUUACUCCCGACGGAUAGGAAAAGCAGAGCAACAGACACAGUAUCCCUUCCUCAAUUCCAAUCGACAAUGGCAGAGAUCAAUGGCUCUCUGCAAGGAAGGGAUGCCCUCCAAUCCCUCUUCCACGCCCUCGACCCAGCUUCUGUCCUCAUCUCCGAGAACUCUCGCUCCGAUGAUCAGCCCAUCAUCCCUCUCAGCCUCAGACCCGUCACGGAUGCCUACUUUUUCAUGGAGAGAGGGCCCAGAUACACGGAAUACGCAGAGCUGCGAGAAGCGAAGCUGAGAAGGAAGCACAUGAGGCCGCCAGAACCCGACAUUCGCGACACCAUGCAAACCCCGCCCAGGAAACAGGUCAAGUUUCAGGGAAGUUCGGUCAGUGGCGGUCGGAAGGGGUUGUCCAUCUUGACCCAGUCGGUGCCGGAUUUCUCCUCCGUUAUCAGGAAAGAGAACAGGAAGCCGAUGAAUGCUCUCCCUCCGCUGCUUGAAAUGACUCCUCCCCCGUCCAAGAAUAGGCCCAAGGGCACCGCUGUCGGUUCGAGCGCCAGGGGAUCCAAGUCUGCGAACGCGGGUGAGAAGAAGCAAGGUGGGAUGAUGGUGAGAAAAAGCUAUGCAUGUGCUGAGGAACUGAAGGGAUUGUCUUCCGCGGCAGCCGCUUCCAUUGGCCGAGAUAGGAUUGGAGGGAGGAGCCUCCGAGGGACUAGAAGGACUGUUCUCGGGUCUAGACCAAUUUGAAUGAAUUCGGGUUUUUACAUAAGGCUUGAUUUUACUGCUGUGAGGUUCUGACGAUCCACGAGAACUAUAGGAAACAGGUGGACCGUUCGUUUUCUUUUCUUUUUUUUUUUUCUCGAAGGUCAAUCGACCGGAGUGUUCAUAAUGGAUUUGCUUUUUCUUUCAUCCUUCUUUCGUAUUCAGCUUUUGAGAUAGGUUCAGAGUGAGGUUAAUAAUAUACAGUCUCGAGCUUUCGGGGUAUCAAAGAUUGGCUUCCGCCUGUUCCGGUUUCGUAUUCAGCUACUCCUUUAUUGAAGUGGAAUUCAAAUUCUUCUCAGUUGAA